AUGUCUUCUGAGGCUAUUCAACGUCUCGUAUGUCUUUGGCUUUGGGCAAAUGGUGCAUACAAGUUCUCUGUAUGUGGUGUGAAGUUUUAUAGAAGAAAAUCAACAGAAUAUGUUCUUAGAUGUAAUAAAUCCAACAACCAAGUGUCUGGAUCACCACACGAAUGCAAUACAGCAAAAUAUCCAAGCUUUAGCGUUCGAAUUAAGACAGAAAUCUAUCAAAAGCUAUGCAUCGUUUCUGUUUUAUAUCUUUUAUGCCAGGAAGAAAAAGCUCAGGAUUUUAUUAAAGGUCUCUUGUGGUAUUUCAGAGCUUUAGGACUUCCUACUAAAUUAGCUCCAUAUCGAUCUGACACAGUUUACCCGGCAAUGAUAGCUACUACGCUAUCCCAAUAUGAAUAUGUUCUUAUAUGUGAUAAAUCCAACAUCCGAGUGUCUGGAUCACCACAUCUCUGA